GUGUCCCACAGAUUUCCAAGGCACAAAUAGGCAUUUAUUGUGUUGUUGGUCGCCCUGCCUUCUCCGGUUUCUUUCACGUUCUAACGCCCCUUCUCCCGUUUACUUAGCCGCGAAGAAUCCGUCUUUACUCUAUUCUCUCUUUUUCUCUAGAACUGUAUGUAGUCAAAAACCCAUCUCUCACGUCAAUCAAACAUGGAUUUCGUUACUGCAUCUCCCCCUCUUUCUUCUCCGCCCAACGAUGGAGUUGUCGGUGGUGGAAGAAGUGAAGGGGAAAGCUUUAUGGCUUCCGAGCUUGUUGAGCGGCUCGUCGUUGGCGUUAUCACCUGCGUUUUCGCUAUAGUGGGAACCCCUAUAGGUGCUGUUACAGGAGCAGUGAUAGGCCUUGCGACAGAGACAGGGUUGUUUAGGGGAGCUGGAAUUGGUGCCAUUUCUGGGGCUGUCUUCUCCGUUGAGGCAGUUGAAUCUUCUGUCGCCCUCUGGCAUUCCAGUGAUUCAGGAAUUUGGAGUAUCCUCUAUGUGAUUGACAUCAUAUGCAGUCUUUUGAGUGGUAGAAUUGUCCGAGAGAAGGUUGGUCCUGCAGUUAUGAGCGCAGUACAGAGCCAGAUGAAUGCUUUAGAAUCUCCUUAUGUUGAAGCUCCAGAUAUCUUUGAAACUGGUGGAACUCGAGGCAUGUCAAAGGAUUCCGUUGAAUCUCUUCCAAAGCUUAAAAUAUCUUCAGAUAACAUCAUGGAUUGCUCGGGAGAAAAGAUUUGCUGUUCUGUUUGCUUGCAGGAUGUCCAAGUUGGGGAAACAGCAAGGAGCUUACCAUAUUGCCAACAUGUCUUCCAUUUACCUUGCAUUGAUAGUUGGCUCUUCAGGCAUGGUUCUUGCCCUCUAUGCAGGAGAGACAUUUAGAUAUGUUUGUAGAUUCUUUUGAUUCUUUUUUGCUGUUACAACUUCACUUCUCCUUCUUGUAAAUCUAGAUCUUUGUGAGUGGUCUUAUCCUUUGAAGGAUCCAUGGAUGUUUCUGGGAGCAGUUUUAGGUGUUCUAUAGAGACUUUGCUUUCGUUUGGGACAGCAUUCUUGCUGCUUCUUAAAGCAGUUUUAUAGUACAAAUUUUUGUACUAAAAAAUUGCUUUAAGCAGUAGUAAAAAAAAUCAUCCCAAACGAAGCUUUUGUUUGAGGGGAUCUUUGUAUAAGUUUAGCUACAUUAUAAACCUUCCUUUAACAUAAGAAAUAUGAUGUUAAUAUGGCUUUAACAUUGA